CAACCGUUAUAAAAUCGCUUUUACUGCCGGUAAUAUCGUAAACACGGCUCAUAUCGUCCGACACUCGUCGACGGUGCUGCUGAUUAUACUGAGGGAGUGUUUGUUUAUCCCGCUUGUGCAGUAUAUACGUAUAACAAACAGUACUGAGACGUGUGGCUUUACCACUGAGCCCUACACUAGGCGAUAUUAUUAUCUAAAUAUAUAUAUACAGAACGUUUCCUCACUGCCUACAUAAAUAAAUAAGUGCAACCAAUAAAAUUAUGAAAAACAAAAAGUCGUUGAGUAUUAUGGCGUCGUUUCUCGGCGUGUUCGUCACGUGUUCGCAUGGUCAAACUCGUGGCAAUAAGCUAGCAGGAACAAUGGAGGUGGCUAAAGGGGAGAUAGACAAAGUUAUAGAAGAUGAACUGACACACAAACUCGGCGAGGAUCUGCUGCAGAGCAUCGAGAGGAAGUUUCAAGUGGACCUCGAGAGGUCUGUGGAUCUUGUCCUGAUAAAGAUCAAAAUGCUGCUCCAGAACGGCACCGUCCAUAUCCAGGAUAGGCUAGCGGAACUACAGGACCUGCUCGACGGCAUGAAGCAGACCAACCAGAUACAGGUAGAGCAAUGCCUGGUGGAACAGCAGAACGCGACGGCGGCGCUGGCCGAGAAAGCGCUGCACCAGAUGGUUGUGUGCGGGUACGCGCUCAUCGGCCACGACCCUGCGCAUGCGGUUCGCACCGUAAUCGCUCUCAAGGAUAUGAUCAAGCAAGGUCUUAUGCCGAUAUACGAGCAGAAGAGGGAGCUUUACGGCUCCCUCAAGACAUGCGGACACAACCACGAGUCACUCAAGAAGGUCAUCAAGUGCGUCAUCUCUAAGUCGCCACUAAUAAAAACCGCAAUGAUGGAGGUGACAGGGAAAUUAAUCGAAGGCGUGGUAGACUUGACGAAACUUCUGGCGCACGGCGCGAUGCACGAGGCGUGUCUCAUAGAGGUCAUCAAGACUGUCGAGGACGCAGCGUUUGAUCUCAUCGCUCACGUCAGGAAAUGCGUAUAUCAUAACGACACAACAGCAGAAGUGGAAAGCUAUCUUCUAGAAAAUAACGCGACAAUUCUUGACAUAGAUAAUAAGAAAAAGGAUGACUCCCGUCCAAGUGUUCAGGAAAACAUCGAAGAAGUACAAGAAAUGAAAGACCUAAUAAGAAGAAUGCUCACUGAUAAAGGAAAAGAGCUCGAUAAGAGAUUCAAAAGAAAAUUAAUCAAACUUCAGCAAGAUUUGAAAUCCGUGGAUACUAACGAUGUAGCAGGGACCGCUAUUAAGGAUGAUUGAAGAAUUGUUUGCCAGUAAUUAUAUUAAUAGUUUUAUAAGUCGGUUUUGAUUGAUGGCAAUAAUAAAAUUUAUGGUUAAUCGUAAACU